AUGACGCAGAUGCUGCUGAACACGUAUGUGUGUGUACGAGUGCUGCAAGAAGCCUGGCUGCAAGGGUUCAGCUAUCCGUGGGGCAAUCAGUUUGUCUACACGAAGGAGGGCCACCGCCUUGGCUAUUUCAUUUGGUUCCACUACCACUGCUGCCAGCUCGAGCUGUUGGAUACGGUGUUCGUGGUCAUCCGCAAGAAGUUCCAAAAGAUCACGUUCCUCCACGUGUGGCUGCGGCUGCUGAACAUGUGGGGCUGGUUCUUUGCGUGCCGCUAUGCCUGCGGUGGUGACACCUACUUUCCAGCUGCUGUGAAUGCUGCCACACGGGCCGUCGUCUACGCCUUCUACAGCCUCUCGCUGCUGUCCCAGCGCGGAGUGCCGCUGGUGCGCAAGGCGCAUGUAACCGAACUUCAGAUGUUCCAGUUUGCGAUUUGUGCUUGCCAUGCGCUGUUCUGCAUGUACAGAUUUUGGGACAUGCAGAUUUCGCGAGCCGUCCUCUUACUCUACUUCUUGGUCAUGACGAGCGGCCUUAUGCUCUACACGGACUUCCACUACCAAGCGGAUGGAAAGUCCGUGACAAAGCUUGAAGCCCAGAGGAAGAUCAGCAUUGCAUUCGACUCCAGUGGUUGGCUGUAUUGCUAUCACUUCGGUGUAGCAGCUUGGCUGCGUGAGCACCUGGUGCCCGACGACCUGAAACCUGAGGAGGCCGAGUCCGAGAAAUUCCCGAACCACCUGGCCUUCAGCGGAUCAUCGGGCGGCGCGCUGGUGGCCACCGUCCUGUCCUGUGGUUUGCAGCCGAAGGAGGUCUUCGAAGUCGUGCUCACGAAGCAGCCCGAGUGUGCCUACAAUCCGUUCCGGAUGCUCCCCGCGGCGGAGGACGUGCUGCGCAAGAUGCUGCCUGCCAACGCUUAUCGAAGCCUUUCUGGCCGCAUCCGCAUCUUGCUGACCCGGGUCUCCUUCAAGUUCCCCUUCUUGAGCGCAGAGGUCGUGAACAGCUUCAAGAACCAAGAAGACGUCUUCCAUGCGCUGCGUUCUUCUUGCCAUGUCCCGAUCAUAGGCGGCAUCGGGCCUUACCGUUAUGACGGGCAUGCCUACUUUGAUGGGAUGUUUUGGCCGCAGAUGCUCGUCCCCUGGAAAGGCAAUGAAGCAGACUACGUCGUUCGCGUUUCGGCUCUUCUCUCAAACCCGUCGUCGGACAUCAGUGCGCCAUUCUUGCCUGCCUGGUGGGCCGUCUUCCCCCCGAAGGAGCCGAUUUUGCGGGGGCUGUACUGGCGAGGCUACCGCGAUGCUGCGCGCUGGUUCAGCAGCCCGGAGGUGUCUGCCUGGUCGUGCCGGUCAGCAGCCAGCGCAGAAGGUCUUCGUCGCCGGCCAUCUGGCAAAGGCCGCCUCUCGCUCAAGCCAGAGGGUACCGAGGAUGCCGACGGGGAGGACCGUGAUCGCUGGUUCGAAAUCCAAAAAUUGCUGCUCAAGAAGCCGGACGGCCUAGUGCCAGAUGCGGACCCCGCAACUGGCCAAGCUCCCGAAGAGUACAUCGAGCUCAUGGAAGCUGCAAUGAACAGAGAAAGGAUGUACAUUGGAGGGAUGUCGAUGGUGAUUUGCGUGUCGGUCUUCAUGUGGGUCCUGGUUGGCUGGCUCUGA